AUGGCCUCCUUGAAAGGAACCAACACUUCCAUCAUCGUCUUUUUCCUCAUGAGCUUUGCCCUGUUCAACUCAGUAUUCGCUCUGGUCCAGAUUCAUCAGGGCUGCUCCUACGACGUUUGGUGUGCAGUUGUCGAAGGAUACGGCCCAGACUCCACCGUUCCUCCAAGCGAGCGUCCACCACCCAACUGGAUCAAACAAGCGCAAGGGUCGAUGCUCGUAGACAAAUUCCUGUCUCAUCCAAAGGACAUCGGUGUCGCUAUCAUGUGUACCCGGAACAAAGAUGCGAGCCCGAUCGAGGUCACUCAAGUCGAAUACACCUGGGAGCCGAAGAACGGAAAGACUUGGUUCGACGUGAGCAAUGUUGCAGGAGAUCCUUUCGUUGCUGAAGGUUUCGGAAUGGUUGUGGAUGAUCCUGUCAAACCUCUGUUCGACACCUGCAAGGGAGCAUAUUGUGGGCCUGGCGAUCAGAACUGUGCCGACGUAUACAUGAAGUGGAAUGACGACUUCCAGGGAAUGAGGACUUGUUCAGAUGCUGUGACCAUCACCUUGGUCCUGUGUUCUGGUUAA